AUAUCCUCUGCACCACUGUUCAAUAUUUCUGCGAGGGAGACGCGGAGUGAAGAUAGGACGAGAAACACGCGCAGAAAAUCUUGCGGCGGACGAUGGUGGAUCUCUAGCGAAGAUUCGUGUUUCUGACAGGAGACAGACGGGUGCUUAAUGCCAGUUUCGGGUUCAAAAGAGCUUCAAAAAUUCGAAAAUGCCACUCCGUUAACCAUGAAUCUCCACGGUAAGCGUGUCGCUGGAUCUCCGGGUGUGGCGUCGGAAACACGUACACGUUGUGUGGAGAGACGAAGGAACUCCUCGCCCUCUUCCCCAGGUAGGAAAUGCAACAGAUGCAUAUCUAGAGUCGAGAGCGGCGGAAGAAAUGAAGAGAAACGGAGAGGCGCGCUUGUGUCGAUGCAGACACCGGUCUGCAGCUCUGCGAAUUGCAGACGACACUGUCACAUCGCGGCGCUUCGUCCUGAAAGCGACAACAAAGGCAAGUUGAAAUGAGUGCGCCAGCUGCCGUCCCUUCCAAGGGAAAGUGGGAACGAAGAAAGAAAACCAAAGGAACCUCGUUCCUCGUGAAAGGGAGACGAAAAGCGGUGGAAAGCUUGGGCACGGGACGAGACACAAAUAGCGACAGGAACGGAGGACUGGCACCUGCAACAGAAAAAACGGAAUGGACGCCUGGACGACGCCAUCAGAAUGACGAGGAACGCAACACUGAAAAAGAGAAAAGAAGAAACUAGGCGAGUCGAGGAGUCUGCCAAUAAAAGUCGACGGAAAGCCGUGCCCGUCCAGCGUCUUGUUCCCCCCUUGUAAUUGUCGGUGCGUGCCUGCGUUCAAUACUAUUGCAACUUUGACCCUCGCGAGCAAACCAAACAAAAUGUUUUUAAGCGUCUGCGAAAAAUUUGAAAAAAUGUCGGAUCUCAUUCUUAUUCCACUAUUUGCUCUAUUGUCUUUCAAUUAGCUGUCCCCUAUGAUGAUUCUGAGUUCGCUGCCAAGCUCUACAGACCACAUGCGUUGUGUCUACGCGUUUGUGGCGCCUCUGUCGUUGCCCGAGUUUGUUCUCGGGCCUCUCCGGUCACGUGGUCGAUACUUAAGAGGAAAGUACAGCUUUCCUUCUCUCACAUGCAGCAACCUCUCUCUUUCUAUCGGUUUCUAGGGUCUAUUCAGCUUCGUGUCUCCCACUUCCGCUCGAGAGUUCAGGAUCCGGAAUCGCUACCCGUGGCAGUAAAGGCCGCGAGACAGUUCCUUUCGGAGGGCGCAUCGUGACUUCGUCGAGUCGGGUCCGAUGUUCCUCGCUACGUGUUCCUCCACGGAGAAGUGAGGAACCGUUAGAAACAUGACAUGGCAAGCGUGACAACUCCAUUUCUUGAGACACUGCCAGACCGCUUCUUUCUGCCCGCCUGUGAAACUAUCAUCUCCAGUCAGGGCACACCACAGAACCAUGCCAGUAGGUGUCAUACCUGGAUCUACAGUACGCCAGGUAUGUCUUGCUUCAGUUUCCCCCCCGAAUUUCCUUUCUGGAUUAUUCUCUGACUCCUGCUUGCUGUUCUUUCUCGUAAAGGGAGAUGGCACGGCACUCUUUGCCGGGAUAUUUUCCGGAUUUCACCAGUAUGUCCACCUUUUCUCUUUGGCGUCGGCACUCAUGGCCCUCCAACAAGGAGACGAGUCGUCAGUGCGCCAGAACCCCCUCGGACGCAGCGUGCCCCUCGAGUGCCUCUGAUCCCGCGCUUCCUGACCGUUCAGAAUCGUCACGCGUUCGCCCUUCAUCUGUCAAAAUAUCGUGUCCUGCAAAUGCAGAUCCGCACUUAAUUACAUGGUCAUGGACAGCUAAGUACGCAUUCGCAGACACAGUUGAGGGCAGUGGGAGGAACUGUGGGAAUUUCCGGAGUUUUGAGGAGAGAUCCCGAUGGGAGAAUCUCGACCAACAUCGGCGCAGACUUGCGAGGCGACGCCACCGGCCUCGGUCAGUGCCUUACGCUCCCGGGGGGCCAGUCGGCUCUCACCCUGGUGGGAUGGGGUCCCGGGGAUUCCUGGGGGGGUUGCGAGCCCAGAUCGUGCUUCCAAGGUUUUCCCUAAGAUCUUGCACUUGAUUGAUUGAAUGGAAGAGACUUUUUUUCUAAGAGACGUCUUUUGAUUCCUUUGAAAAAACCCCAAAUUUUUUCUUAACGCGAAUUCUCGCCGGAAAACCCGAGACCGUGUCAGGGAUAAGGAUCGACAGCCUCGCCCGAUUGAGUGCGCCCGGGGACGAAAAAGGUGUUGAACCCCGUGAGGGAACUGUGGGUUCUGCCUUGGGAACCGCCGGACGCCGAGACACUGCUUCCUUUUCUUGUUUUUUAGUCUUCCCUCAGGUGAUAAGCGCGACAUUUGCCGCGCGGAAGUCCGGAACUCGUACGGCGUCCGGGUAACCUGUGCCCCAUUAUACAGUUCGCUUCCAGGGGAAACCCGAGGCUGCAUUGUCUCAUCGAUUCGCGAGCAGGGAUCGGACGCUUCGCCGUCUCGUCCCUUCUGUCUCGUUCCGAACAGCUGCUUCCGCAGUUGUCGGGCUUUGUUUCCAGAAACACAACUCCAACAUUUAACAACUGUGGGCCGGUUGCCACUGUGCGAAGUUCCUGCGUUGUCGAGUCGAGUGUAUGUACAGCCCGGACACUCGAACCUUGGCAACCCAUCGCGUCACAACUGUGUCUCACUCCGGAUUGUACAGCGCCUUCGUUCGCGGUCGAGAUCGUCAGUUACCUUGGGUACUUGUUCAGUGUACAGAAUUCGUUUAAUUUUGAUUUGUUUUUCCUCCGUUCCAGUGUCGUCGCCUGUCCAGAAGCUUGAAUCGUAUAAAGCCUUGUUUGCAGUGCGCAAGUGAGUGUGAGUCUCAACGUUCGUCUGCCAAGUUCCGACUCGAGUCCUGUCUCCGGCCACUCCCCAGGCAGAUUUCGCCCACAAUCUUUCGUUGCUGACGUACGGCUGCUAUCGACUAUUUUCCUGUCGGUUCUCAACAUAAUGCUGGACAUUGGCGGCAACAAAUUGUCGUGCCUCAGCUGCGUGCUGUCGGUGCUCCCCCCAGCCAAGCGGAAACUGGUCGCGAAGGUUGCGUUCAGUCCCUCGCCUCUCCCAGGCUAUGUGGUUGAGGAAAGACGCAUUGGAGGCCAAGUGCGGCAUGCGUGCUUUCUGCGGCAAGGCGGGUACCGCGAGCUUCCGUUCGCGGAGUCGUUUCCGUGUCCCAAAUGCGCCCAGUGUCGCGCAACCCCCCGAUCGCGCGCUCGCGGUCUGUCCGGCGAAAGGAGAACUUCUCAGAGGAAGGAAUCGUUGAGAAGUCAGAGCGUGCCUCCGCGAGAACGAGAGCGCGAGGAUCUUCAGACUACAGAACAAGUUCGCGUUGCGGGCGGCGAGUCCAGCGGCAAGGAAGGAGCUGAGCGCGUCCGGUGUGAGAGAACACGACUCACACAUCUUCUUCCACCAGCAGACCGAACGGCGUUUUUAGGCGACGCCAGCGACCGCCAGGUGACGAAGGCGGCGCACCACAGCGCCCUCCAGGCUGCGGACUUCGAUGAAGUGCCGGGUGUCGCGUGCGUGUUGCCGACACACAUGUCUCGGCUGGAGGAAUGUCACUUCCCGGAAUUCAGUUCACGCGGUACCGGAAGCACCCCUAUUUGCCCUUCAAAAGCGACCUCUAGUGGUUCGUUCUCCAGAAAUAUCGAGGCAACGAAGCGGAUUCCCUCGAUCGUCGUCACUGGUCCCCAGGCAGAAAACAACCCAUUCGGUGUAGACUCAAGCAGAAACAGCUCAUCCAUCGACGAUGUCUUUCCACAACUGGCUGUCCCGCAGUUCUCCUGUUCCCCUUCGCCGGCGGCAGCACUGGAAUUCGAAGGCCGCAGCAGUGGAGGAAGAACCAGCUUUGUCGACGCCACGGAAGCGUCUCAUCCGAGGAAGGUCGGCGUGUUCGGUUGUAGCUGUGAUGGCGGGAGAGUGUCGAUUUGCGUCGAGAGUGUGCGCCUUGUGACAGACGAAAACCACGUCAUCUGGGGCUUUUACUACGCCUACCCACAUGCAAAGUGGACGGUACUGUACUCGCAUGGGAACGGCACAGACAUUGGCCAUCUGCAUGAGUCAGUGAUGGAUCUGUGCCGCCGCCUCCAAGUGAACGUACUGUCCUACGACUACUCCGGGUACGGCUGUACGCAGCGAGCCAGCAACCUCGACAAGCUGCUGAAGAAGCAGGCCCGCCGGGAGAAGCAGCUGCGGGAGAAAAAGAAGUCCUCCCAGAAGCGGACUGUCUCCAGUGCUGCCGGUCUUGCCCCGGAGAAACAUGCCACCAACGCGCCUGUGGCGCGGAGGGACAUGAGCGUUUUCUCGAAGAACCAGCGGGAAGGAAAUCUACAAGGAGAGUCAGUGGCUAACGCCAUACGGUUGCCUGGGCUUUUGGGGACAAAGUGUGACACAGAGUGCCCUUGCGGGGACGAGGAGUCCAAAACUGCGGGCGACUGCCCGCUGAAGUGGUACCGCGAGGACGGAGGCAGUCUCGCAUCUCUCGCCUCGUCGCUCAAGCCGUCUGAACGCAGUGUCUACGCAGAUGUGAUGGCAGCCUUCCGCUGGCUGAGAACCGAGAAGAACGUGAAGCUCCGCGACCUCGUGCUGUACGGACAGAGCAUCGGGUCCGUUCCCGCCGUUCACUUGGCGAGUGUGUUGGGGAGGGAGCGCCGAGCGGCGCUGGCGCGCCUUGAAAAGAAGGAGAAGGCUGCUGAGGCAACCAGGCGAAAGAAAGAGAAGAAGGAGCAGAAACGGAAGGAGAAGGAGAUGCAGGAACGUGUGAAGAGGGUCCAGAGUCGGGUGCAAGCCACCCAGGGAGGCCCUUUGCCUUCGCGUUUCUCGCGCCUUGUCAGUCGAAGACCGCCCCAGAGAGUGCGUCUCUUGGAGUCCGACGAAUCGACCGCGGAGAUCGACGACGACAUCCAUUUCGACACAGAUGAGGAACUUGAAGAAGAGCGCUGCAACGAGGGAGGACGAGAUGAGAGUGACGAAGGCGUCGAGAUGAUCGGAGGGAUCAUUCUUCACUCUGCGCUAGCGUCGGGCCUCAGUGUGGUGCGCAGUCGCCUGAAGAAGACAGUGCUCUCCGGCGAGGCAUCGACCUCUGGCGUCUACGAAACGUCGACAGCCCCGACUACAGGGUCGCCUUCGUCUCUUGCUUCGUCGUCUUCCCGUUCGACUGCGCCUGUAUAUUCUUUGAUGCUCGCCGAGGACAGGCUUGACGGCGACGCCAGCGUUGAAGGGGAUCAGGAAACGUGCACCGAGAAGAAGGGACUGUUGAGAACGAAGACUCCGUGGUACGAUGUGUUGCGCAACGUGGACAAGAUGAAGCACAUUGCGGCUCCUGUCUUUGUUCUCCACGGCACCGAGGACACAGUUGUUCCGAUUGCCUCUGGGGAGCGUCUUGCGGCGUCAGCAGCAGUGCCGUUUCCUCUGUUUGCCGCCAAGGGCGCAGGCCACAAUAACGUCGAUAAAGGGGAGUGGAAAGAGGAGUACUUUGCGCGUCUCAGAGACUUUUUUGACUUCCUCGCUCUACACGAAAUGCGUACUGACGCUAGUGGCGAAGAGCUGCGCAAACAGCGCCUCGCGAAUGGCAGCGGUAAGAGUGGAGGACGAGCAACAGUGUUGCCUGUGAGCCCAAGUGCAGCAGUCAAGAAGAGUGUUGGCCGGCAGUCGGAGACGACAGAAACUAGAGAGUCUGGAAAAGGCGGGAGCCUGAUAGGAACCACUGCGGCAAAGGUGGACCGAAAUGCAUGCGCCAUCCCGUCGCGCGGCUCGUUUUCCACAGGCCUCCCUGACAGGUGGAUCUGUCCACAAUUCUCGACAGUCAAGACGGCUGCGGAGCCCUCUCCUGCCCAUCCUCACCUUCCGACUUUCGCAGAUCCGUCUGGUGGGGUGUAUGGUCCCGAACGUGCACAUUUUAGCUUUCGAGAAGCGAAAAAGAGCAGGGAUGGGAAGGCGAAGACAGGAGGCCUGCGGUCUCUGUUCUCUGGGAAACUUGGAGCAAAAGUCUAGAGAGUGAAUGAAACCAGGUGGAGAGAAGACGAGAGGAAGAGAAGACUGGUGGAGGGAGGAGCGAACGUUUGUAGGAUAGGGAGAGAUGAAAACAGAAUGCAUGCAACGAAACACAGAGGUGAUUCAAAGCCACUUGCCCCUUUUUUGCCUCUCGGGAGGUCUACGGGCAUAUAACGUGCUGUUCAUCUUGUUUCGUACAGUGAAUCAAAGAAACCGUAGUUACAUACGAUCUGUACCAAAUUCAUGUGUUUAUGAGCUACGCCUCAGUGGCCGCGAGAGUGAAGCGCCACCAAUAUGGCAGUUACUCGUAUGCGCUAUGCUGUGUUUUUUGGGGGAGAGCAGUCGUCGUGCACACAGCUACAGGGGUAGGGAAAGAAGGCUCAUAUCUAGUUGGUGUUCGAAAUAAGAUGGUGUGGUAUGGAGGGGGUAGGCCAGGAAAGUUUUUGUAUGUGUAUGACUGGCCGUAUCAUGUAGGUUCAGGAUUACGUGCGUUCUCGUUAUCUGCUGCGGGUCGCGACAAAGUAGCGAAGAGACGCAUGCCGCGAACGUGGUUAUUUCUCUCUUACGAGAGAUUGUGGAGAAAAAGGUGAAAGUUUGGUAAUCGGAAAAAAUGCAAAGGAUCCGACACGGAACGAGAGAUUCUGGACUCUUUGUGGGUCACGUUUUCACGAUUUAACCGUAAGGAUUCUAGGGCGUAUGCGAGUUUGUUAAAUUCGUGUUACGAACAGCUUUGUCGGCUACCGGGUUUCUUUGAGCAGCGACAGCAGGCGUGGAGGAUUAAACUUUUUCGUCGCAUCCGCGAGAGGUAAUAUGCUGGUUCGCGUUUUAUAGGCCUUCGUGAGUUGUGCCUGCACCACGGCGCUCAACACAGGAAGUUCCAUUCUGUUUGAUGAGGCUGGAAAGUGCGUACGCUUUCGUUGUUUUUCUCACGGGACACACGUCCCCGUAUUUUUUUUGCCAGGCUGCGGAGGGACGCAGCUCGUAAUCUCAAGGUGAUGUUUGGUGCCAGUUCAAGCAUUCUGUUGUGUCGAACUAGAGUUUGAGUUCCCAUUUCGUGUAGUACCACGACGUGUUGAAACACCGCGCAUGCGUUCCCUAGUGUGUGUUGUUAUGGACAACGGCGCCUCUUGAAGAAAAUGAUAAGGUCGCUUCUUAGAACUUUGACCUGAGACCCGUGUGCGGAAAGGAAGCAGAUCCAAAACAGUUUUAUACAUCGAUUCCUUCUUACCACGGAGAAAACGGAAACAAAAGGACACAUUCGCAGCGGCGAAACCGGAUUCACACACAGAGGUCUGCAUGGCCCCCUGCUGCCUUCUCAGGAGACACAGAGCACUCUUUGCGAAGUCGAAUAACAACAAAUGAUUUCCGUUCAUUUGAUAAUGGAACCGUUGGUCUUUGUGUUUUUUCUCCCAUGAAACAUCUUGAUCAGUGUGAUGACAGGAAACAAGCCUUCUAGUUAACAUCGUGACUCCGGUUCCGCACUACUAUUCCUCACUACUAUUCCUUCGUUUUCUGUUAGUUUCUACUCUCCUUUCGACAUUGUUUCUCUCACUACCGUUCGUCUGCAUCUCCAGUCUCGCCUUUUCCCGCUUUCACAUUCCCUUCUGGCUUUCGUAGUGAGGACGGCUAGCCGUGCAGAGGGGGAGAGAUCACACGGCAAACGCCAAGCGCGGCACCUGGCAAGAACGUGUCUGCCCCAUGGUGGUUCGAGCAGCACACAGGCGAAAGCACAAAAAGUCGAAAUGAAAAGAAUAAGAAGUGAACGUCAGUCUCGUAGAAAGCGGGACGACAUAUCCGAAAUACGCAGACCAAGAACCCCAUCUGCGUGCAGCGGUCCAAGUCUUUUGCGAAACCCCGUGCAAGUCCAUACGGACAGGAUACACAUCGACAUUUUCGGAUAUACUCA